GUUGAUAUUAAAGCAUGGAAGAAUUCUGUGUAUAUAAAGGCUUGCCAAGCUCUAGCAAGACGAGAUAAUAAAUUCUAUCGACAGUCCUCUAAGCCUCUAAAGCAACACACAACUUCAUCUACGAAUCAGAUAGUCGACACCGCCCCUUUAAUCAUGAAAACCAAGACUCUUAUCAGCUCAGCGCUGCUACUCACAGCUAAGAGUGUUCUCGCGAAUAAUGCCAUUCCAGACAGCGCUUUCUCGCAGAAUAAUGGCAUCGCCGCUGCUCAGGCAGCUGCCCCUGCAUGGUUUAUGGCAUCUGGAACCUGCAUGCCCUCGGCUGCCGAAGACGGUCAAGGCCAUCAAACCAACGGUGUUGCCAACGACAACUGCAACAUUAACAAGCUAUCCAACGGCUGUCCUCCACAGCCGUCGUGGCAGGGCGCAAACACGUUCUAUGGUAAUAUUGCUGGUGAACCGUUCAGCAACAUUCCGACAUACUACAAUGUCGUAAAGUGUGGCAACCAGUGGAAGAUUAUCUAUUACGUGUAUUUCAAGAAAGAUACUGGCCACAAGAGUGAUUGGGAGGGUGUCGUAAUUGCCUUCAACGACCAGGGUGGCGGCAGGUAUACUCGGGCCAACAUGGCCAUGGAGCAAGACGGGCAUCACCCGUGGGUGGAUUGGGAUAAGAUCAAUGACACAUUCGACAACAAUAACGACUUUGGGAACUGGGGCCAGAAGAACCGGGACCACCCUAAGGUGUACUUUGGCAAGUGGCAUCAUUCUGCACACACCGACUGGCACACCACGACUUUCAAGAAUACUUGCCCUCCUACCUCUGGCGACGAUUUCCGCAAUGCUGAUUAUCAAUUCAAGGCCGUUGACAACUUACGACACGUCACUGUGCUCAACCCAAGUUGGAACUGGGGCAAAGCGUCGUCACCUGUCAACAUCGACGUAUGCAAGUUCUAGAAAGACUUGGAGUUAUUUCAACUAGGUUAGAGUAGACCAGGCUAGGUUGCGGACGAAGAAUGAUGCUUCAAAUUCCUUACAAAUUAUUUUUUUUUUCGAUUGUCUUUCGUUUUUCCACCGUUGAUAGUACCUAUUGUAUAGACUUUGAUAUCUUUAUAUGAUUCAUUUAAAUACCUACCCUUUGUGUUGUAGGUACAGAUGUUGGAAGGCGGAACAAAUGUGCACCUCUCUACUAGGUACCCAGGUACAUACAAAACCAAAUGCGGGGGAGCUAUGUCACGUGAUUUUGGUAUCCCGAAUACCCUAGGUACCUAGGGAUGGAUACUAGAACUGGGGUAGAG